AUGGCUCAACAUUCUUCCUCUUUCUUCAGAUACCUAUUCAGUAUUGAGAAAAUUUGGAGAGAUGUUGGAAUUGGCCCUCAGCAGAGGAAGUACAGGGCUGUGUACGCACGUGAACCAUCACCCCUGGAGCAGAGACUGUCACUUCCUGGUGGGAAUGUGUGUCUGCGAGAUAUCACCACUACUAGAUCUUCCAUCUCUGCGUCCACCUCCUUCUCUUCAGUGUCCGAGCUCUCCAACCUCACCUGCAGGAGCCCACUGCAGCGCCGCAACCCCGUCAUCCCGGACACGAUUAAACUCCCACCGGGUGUCCUCGUCCAGCUCACGAGCUCAGGUUCAAGGCGGGCUUCCUGCCCCCACGGAAGGCAUGCUUUUCACUACUUGGUGAGGAGAAGGGAGCAACAAGGCCGCCGCAAAGAUGGCACCCAGUCCCUCUACAUCGAUGGACCUGAGUGUGACCUAUUAACUCAUUUCUCCAGCUGCCCUCCUUCCACUUCCUCCUCUUCCUUGUCCAUCUCCACGGCGGAGCCUAACCCUCCACGCCAGUGCAAUGAAUUCCCAGCUUGCGAGGACCACAGACACUUUUCUGACCCAGAUAUACCAUACAUGGACAGUGAUGUCUGACCAGGAAGGUUAUUUGGAAGUUACACGGAUUACAAUCCGCAUACAGUAAUUGACAGUGAAUAUAACUUGACAUGUUGCCAUGCACCUUUUUGUAUUUUUUUUUCCCAAUAUUGUACUUCAAUCUCAGUCAGGAGAGAAGUUAUGGUGCCUAAUGGUGGACCUGCAAACAUUCCCCCUCCCCAUCCCUCCGCCAUUUUGCUAAUUUAAGUUCCCAGUUGCACUUUGUCAUUUCUUGGUUCUCAGAAUGAAAAAGUGAAGCCAACAUGCUCACUUAAUUAUACUAUAUUGUGCCUUAAUGAUAGAAACCUCCAACUUUUAUUGUUGUUGUUGCAGGGGUGGGGAACCUGUCCCACAAGAAUAUUUUGAUUCUCCCAUCCAUGUAAUUCUAAAAUCAUAAUGAAAAGCCAGAAAACAUAUAACUCACAAAUGCUCAUAAUACAUAACUUUUUUCAUUUUUCUCUGUCACUGAGAAGAUCUAGAAAAAGGCUCCCCGCAGGUGUCACUGAUGAUGGGUUCACUCACUCAGAGAAUGUGAGUGUUUGUCUGUUUAUAGAUGUGCCCUGUGAUUGACGAGCACUCCAGGUUCUAGUCUUGCCUUUUGCAGCAAUCAGCUGGGGCUCCUACUCCCCGUGAGCAUCAAAGGAUAAGUUAGAUAGAAGAUGGAUGGAUGGUCCCAACAGGGAAAAAGGUUCCCCACCUGUGUUAGAUGCUCAACUGUUUUGUCUAAUUUUUCCGGGGGGGGUGUGCCAGUCUUCUUUAUGUACAAAUCUAGGAAAUCUGUUCAUGUUGCGACCAAUUGUACAGAUGUCACGUCGUCUACCCGACCUGCUGGACAACAAACAAAUACAAAGUUGUUGCCCUCAUGGAGUAAUGGGAGAUGCGAGCAGCACACGCCACUUUCCUUAAAAAAAAGAAAAGAAAAAAACAAUACCAAGAGGAACGAACCACGCCAUGAUGUCUUUGAUUUCACUUGAAGUAUAACGAACGCUGCUUCAUUUCGCAAUGAAAAAUGUUCUGCCGCGGCAUCGUGUUGGCCAACUUUGUUUUAAUACGAAUGUUCCUCUCUGACUGCUGUUAAUGAUGUUUGCCUUGGACUUGACCAAAAUGUCAUGUUACAGAGAGUGUAUGGUUCGGACUGAAUGGCAUCAAGUGUAAUCAUUAUUAGUAUUAACAUGACAAUACAGAACAUGAUGGUUGUUUUAAAAAAAAAAAAAAAAAAAAAAAUGGCACUCCUGUUUAGUGUUAUGAUCCGGUCGGUCGUCAUUGCACUUUGUACAUCACACAAAACUUGAUUAGGCGGGCAUUCUGACCACAUCCACAAUGGUAAAAGUACUUUGUUACCAUCAAUUUAGGAGGGCGAGGUCCACCUACCACACUCAGAGUCGUCACAUCCUGGCACAUACACAUUCAGAAUUUCUUGGGGGGCUGAUGAGAGAACAGGGGAUGUGGGUGUUAGGGCUGGGUUCACGUGAGUUAGUGCUGUUUUCCGUUCCAGGUUCCCUGCCCUUCUGCCCUGGUUCACCCUUGGGAUUUUACUGCAUUUUACAUACACACACAUCCCUCUCCUUUUAAUGCACCACAUACGCCCAUCUCUGGGGGCAUGGUGGGUCUUGGAAGCACAGUUGUUUUGGCUGUGCAGCAGCUGUACCUGGUGGACCCCUCCCCCCAACUGUCAGACCAGGAAGGUUGAUUUGGAAGUUACAUGGAUUACAAUCUGCAGAAACUAAUUGACAGUGAAUACAACUUGAGAUAUUGCCAUGCCUCUUUGUGUUACUUUUCUUUUUUUUUUUUUUUUUAUAUUGUGUGUCUAUUUUUCAAUAUUGUGGCCUCCAAAUUUCAAUGCACCACACCACUUGGGGGCACUGAUACACAAAUUCAUGUCAAUGAGUCCCACUCAGGUACAUGGCGGUCAUCAGGGGGAAGGUGAGUUAUCGUAUGACUCUUGGCAAGGCUCCUGAGGCUGGGCCCCUUGGGCUGGAUGGCUGCUUGGCGUGGGGGCAACUCUCUGGUUCCUUCUGACCCCCAUGUUGAGCACCCCUUUCCGCCUGCCUUUCCACCAAGCAAGGGACAACAUCUCAACUACACUCAGGGCUUGGGCAGGCUGCAUUGACGGCCUUGCCUCUUAUGGUGAUGUCUUUCUGUCCUUUGGGAGAGGUAGCGUUGUAGAGCCCUGCUGCCUUCUCUGAGUGGCCAGUUUUCAGGGCGUCUCAGUGGACUGCAAUGAAUCCUCCAGUCAGGGAUGUUUUCUCUACACCGGGAUCACUCGUGGGCCUAACCCUGGACCUCUUGGUUGAGUGGGUGGGGUCCUCAGCGUCUGGUGCGGGCACAACAAUUACAAGAUACUUUCUUUGGUGUGAAUUCACUUGAAUGCAUCUGCAAAACAAAGGCACUUUUAAUGUCACAAA